AUGUAUUGUGCCGUUAGCUAUUUUAAACCGAAUAGUGUAAUGGGUGAAGAUGGAUUUUCUAUUGAGGAAGCUUAUCGUGCAGUGUCAAAAAAUGGACCAAUUGAGACUUUUAAAAGGGAUUUAAAUAAAGUAGGUACUGGCAAGUAUUGGAUGUAUACUGAAGAAUAUUUUUACCCAAGACAAUUUUAUAUAAUCAAAAUUGGACCAAAAUUUGGAAAUGAUACUCAAGUUGACGAAAUAGAUAUACAAUAUAUUAUUGUAACUGGUGGGUAUUGA